AUCUCAUGAUCUCACUCUCACCAUUUUGUCUCUCUCUCGAUCGCUUUGGUCGCUUUGGUGUCUUUCGUGCUAUCAAACGCUCUCGCUUUCUCGGCCGAUCUCUCCCUCUUCCGAUCGUUUUUUCUCUCGUUCAUUUCCGCUUGCAAUCUCUCUUUCUCUCUUUCGAUCGUUUCCGCGUUCGGUCUCCCUUUCUUCGUUGUUAUCGCCCUCUCGCAAUUGCUUUUUCCCUCGAUCGUUCCGGGUGGCCAUCGCACCCUCUUGAUCAUUCUUGCUCGCUCACUCUCUUUCUCUAUCGACAAUGUCGGGAAAGGAAGGGCCUAGUGAGGGAACGCCGUCAGAAAACCUGGAAGUAGCCAGAAUGUCUAGGACGGAACUCUACCAUAUAAUGGCUGAAAUGAAGGCGCUGACCGACCAGAACCCUCAACAAGUACGCCAGAUUUUAGCUCAAAACCCGGCUCUGGCCCGGUCCCUGUUCCAGGCCCAAAUCAUGCUUGGGAUGCUGCACCCACCGGACGAGCCUCAUCAACAAUUCCAUGAGGCUCAGCCAUCACAGCCCAUGCCGCAGCCCCAUCAACACUUGCAGCCCAUGCAGCCUACGCCUCCACAGCCCCACACUGAGCCAGAGCCUAAGAAACCAAAUGCUAAACCGUGGUAGACCUUGUCUACAGAAACCUCCAAGAUAUUGUUUUAUCUUGGUCUUAAGGAUGUCAUAUGUUUAAUUACCCUCUUCUUUGUGACCCUCUUUACCUUCACUCUACUUAAUUCAGUACUUGCGAUGCGAAUGAUGCAGUGAAUAAAGUAGAAGCUGAUCUAGGUUUUUCAA